UCUCCUAUAAAUAUGUUCAUAAGUUCUCAAUCCUCCUUCACUACACAAAUUAAUUUUAACUCUUCUCAAUCAAUAAUAAUGGGCGCCACUCAAAAACUCUCUUCCUUCAACUGCGAAAUCAGAAUCAUAGAAGCCAAAAACAUAGAGUUCAAAUCUCCAAAGAAUCUCUUCGUAAGAUACUAUCUUUCUACAGACACCAACAAAAAAGUUCGUCUCAACACAACACAAGUCUCUUCCAUCUCCGACUUCAUAUGGAACCAAUCUUUUUGUUUGGAGUGUUUGGGUUCACAAGAAUCUCUCCAAGCCCUCCAACAAGCAACGGUCGUCUUCGAGCUCCGGAGGGCUAAAACCCGAGCUGUUUUUGGGUCGUCGUCUCAACUUUUGGGUAGGGCUGAGAUUCCUUGGAGUGAUGUUUUUGAAUCCCAAAAUAUGGAAAUAAUUGAGAGAUGGGUGUCAAUGGUUUGUGGCAAUAAUAAUGGAUGUGUUUAUAAGCAACCGAAAUUGAAGGUGGGGAUGAGAGUGAGAGUUCCAGAAGAAAUGGAGACGGACAAGAAGAUAAAGAGAAUUAGGAAGUGGAAGGAUGAGUGUGGGUGUUGUGAAUCAUCCAAAGUGGGUGAUUUUUGUGAGGAUUUUGAGCUCUUUGCCCUUGCUGCUGCCAUGGAAUUCUUGUAGCAACAAUUUGCUUUUUUGUUUUUGUUUUUUUUUUUCCUUUUUAAUUUGUUACUCAAGAGAUAUUCAUAUGUAUACAUUUAUAAUAUCAUUCUCAAUUUAUUAAUGAGUUCCUGUUGCUA